AUGCUACCCAUCGAUAUUAGGGUCUGGGAUGCUUUCCUUUUCUCAACAUUCACGGACGCGAAUGGAGCACCUACUCUAGUAAGGAUCUAUAUUGGACUUAUCAUGCAAGGACACACUGCUACAGAUAUUCUCAAGUGGUGCAAGGAGGGAACACUUGUGAAUCAUGCCGUAGAAAUAUUAACUCCAUGGGUAGCGACUCAAAACGGGGAACUCGUUCGAAAAGAUUUAUUAUUCCUUGUUGAGAAUAGUGCAGCCUUGACGGAUUGGAAUCAACGUUUGAGCUCCUUUGACGGUUCGACGGCUCGAGGGAGGUGGACUACGCAAGCUAUGUGGUGCGUUAUGGCGGGUAAACCUCCAGGAAGGGAUGCAAAUGCGGACAUUGAAUGGCUGAAAAGGCGAAACGCUUUGUUUGCAUGGGGCGUGGCCAUAUGGAGGAUUCCCCCAGAUCCUAUAUGGGUCGUAUAUGAUCCCAACCUCGACGUUUAUCAUGAUUUGGGAUAUGUCGUUGCUACCACACCUGCAUGGGCAGGAAGCCUAAGGAAUGAGUACCAUGCUCGAUUUGGGUAUGAUAAAAUGGGCAUCCCAAGAGCUGACAACUUUGAAGAAUUUUAUGGUAUCUGGCAAACACAAAGUUUCCUAAGAUAUUUCAACCCGAAUUGGGGCGACAGGAAAUUUCGCAAAAAUCUCGAGGAUUUUUUCAACAGUACCCAAGGUCGAGGAAGGGUAGAGAGUGUUUGGCGACUCCAUCAUUUAGUACAACUCGGCGAUACAGAUUUCAUCGAGAAAGGGCCUACCGGUAUAUUCGCAUUUGCAUGGCACGAAUAUGGGUUGGCUCAUGGCACUCCAACACAGAUACUCAAAAGAAAAGUCUUGUUCCACAAAACCUUGGAAUAUUGUGGAGAUCCGAUGCAAUUGCAUAUUGCUAUGAGGAAUGGACAGAUGCGGGACUUUGUGGAGAGGGUUUAUUUUGAAAAUCAAAUGCCAGUGGAUGUUAAUGAACUGGGACUUAUAUGA